AUGGAUGCUGAUGAUGGUGCGGCGGUGCUUACAUGGCUCACACCUAGGACAGAGGACAACCCAGUGACACGCGUGGCGUUUGAAGUUGUCGAGAUUGUGGACGUCGCUGUAGUUGUGGUCGUGUCUGAACUUGUAGACGAAGUCAUCGCAGGAUCUAUUGUUGACGAUGUUGACGAUGAUGAAGUAGACGAAUCUGCCGACAAGUUACUUGAUGAGGAUGUCGUGACUGAUGAGACAAGCGGAAUCCCUAUUCUCGCCGUGAUUGCUGUCAACCCCGCUGCGGAUGUAGCCCCAGGAACUGAAGUGCUCGAGGUAUCAUCUUUAUCAUAA